AUGGGGGAGGAACAAGCCAGCGGUGUGAAGACACCUGUCGCCACGGAGACUCUAUCCCAAGCCACCGUACCAAAAGUCGCAAGCCCUUCGAUUGCGAUUCCCAGACCAAAACUCCCAGUGCCGAGUAUGCGCACGCCGACGACGACGUCGCCCAUAGAUACGCCGCGCAAAUGGAACACAGCGAAGCUGGGCAUGCGCGUGGGCGCCGAUGCCCUCUCAGCUGGCGCGGCAGGCAUCUUGGUCGCUCCAAUCAUUACCAUGAUAGACAAAGGCAUCAUCGAGAACGCCAGCGGCAGAAACACACUAGGCGACAGCCUCAAGCAAAGCCUCACACAACUCGUCUCAAAACCGCACCGCUUCCUCUCCAGCAAGCCCUUCGCCCUAAUCUUCAGCCUCUACUUCGGCACCUACCUCACCGCCAACACCAUUGACACCGCAUCCGCAACGCUCAAGCCCACUCAGCCCUUGCAACAGCAAACUAGCGGCACCAGCAAAUUCGUCGCUACCAGCUCCGCGAAUCUCGCACUUUGUCUGUACAAAGAUAAUCAAUUCACCCGCCUCUUCGCCGCACCAGGCUCCUCUCCUCGCCCCGUGCCCCUCCCUACCUUUGCCUUAUUCACUGUUCGCGACUGCCUCACCAUCUUUGCUAGUUUCAACCUCCCGCCGCUCCUCGCGCCCGCGCUGCAGGAGCGUAUGAGCGACCAGGUAAGCAAGUACGUGGGUGCGCUUAGUGUAGCGCAGUUUGUUACCCCUGCUGCGGUGCAGCUUGUUAGCACGCCGUUGCAUUUGCUCGGCCUCGAUUUGUACAAUAGGCCUGGGGUGCAUGUCGGAGGUCGUGAUGGGAGAGCUGCACGUGUGCUGAGAGAUUGGGGGAAGAGUGCUGCGGCAAGGAUUUGUAGGAUUGUUCCCGCGUUUGGGGUGGGAGGGGUGGUGAAUACGAAGGUCAGGAGGGGGUUGAUGGGGAGGUUGGAAGAUGCGUGA